CUCGGCUUAUGCUCCUAGUGGUAUUGACGCAGCCUUGAUAUCUUGAUGUAGAGCGCUUCCAGGUCCCAUACAUCGAAGCAAUCCAUCCAACGAGACCAGCAUGGAUGUUGGGUUCCGAUCCCCACCCACGCUGGGAUUCUCUGGUCGAAAAUGACAUAUCUUGAGUCGGAAUGCCAGGUUGGGAGGCAGGAGGACUCACUUUUGAUCCCGUAUACGACGAUCAGUAGUGCCAGUGCUGCUUCGUCGCACACCAGCCGCCAGUCUGCGAGUCUAUCAAGGGUCAAGACCACAGCGUGGUUUCAGGCAUGCUCUGGCGCGGGGCGUAGCUGAUGGACAGUCUACAGGAUCCCUGCUCCACUGGGCAAUCGGAGUGCUG